ACACACAGACACACACUUCUGUGAGCAGGUGGACGGACACACAGACACACAGACACACAGACACACACUUCUGUGAGCAGGUGGACGGACACACAGACACACAGACACACACUUCUGUGAGCAGGUGGACAGACACACAGACACACAGACACACACUUCUGUGAGCAGGUGGACAGACACACAGACACACAGACACACACUUCUGUGAGCAGGUGGACGGACACACAGACACACAGACACACACUUCUGUGAGCAGGAGGACGGACACACAGACACACAGACACACACUUCUGUGAGCAGGAGGACGGACACACAGACACACAGACACACACUUCUGUGAGCAGGUGGACGGACACACAGACACGCAGACGCUGCUCAUUUUCGGAGAGCUAUAAAUAAAAGAAGAAGAACGGGAUGUCGGGAGCUCACAAUGACACACCAAACAGAUUUUUACUUUUAUGCUAAGUGAGCCACCUGAAACAAAUCCCUACCUCAACCCAACAAGUGGACUUGAACACUGUGAGAAAAGGGGAGCAUUGGAAAUCUUCCUGUGGACGCCUGUUUAAACUGCAUUCAGCAAAGGUUUGCUGUGCUCAGUUGAUGCUUUCUAUCUCCAACCAUGGGAGAAUGGACCAUCCUAGAGCGCCUCCUGGAGGCUGCUGUGCAGCAGCACUCUACUAUGAUUGGGAGGAUCUUGCUGACAGUGGUGGUCAUUUUCCGCAUCCUGAUUGUGGCCAUUGUGGGGGAGACGGUGUAUGAGGACGAGCAGGCCAUGUUCGUCUGUAACACUCUGCAGCCCGGCUGCAACCAGGCCUGCUACGACAAGGCCUUCCCCAUUUCCCACAUCCGCUACUGGGUCUUCCAGAUCAUACUGGUGUGUACGCCCAGCCUCUGCUUCAUCACCUACUCUGUCCAUCAGUCAGCAAAGCAGAAAGACCGACGCUACUCCUUCCUCUAUCCCAUUCUGGAGAGGGAUUACGGGGGUAGGGACGGUGCACGGAAACUCCGCAACAUUAAUGGAAUUCUAGUUCAGCAUGGUGGUGAUGGUGGAGGAGUGAAGGAAGAACCUGACUGCCUGGAGGUGAAGGAAAUCCCCAACGCCCCCCGAGGCCUGACUCAUGGUAAAAACUCUAAGGUCCGUCGGCAAGAAGGGAUCUCCCGCUUUUACAUCAUUCAGGUGGUGUUUAGAAACGCACUGGAGAUCGGCUUCUUGGCGGGCCAGUACUUCCUGUACGGCUUCAGCGUGCCUGGGAUUUUUGAGUGCGACCGCUAUCCAUGUCUCAAGGAGGUGGAGUGCUACGUGUCGCGGCCCACGGAGAAAACGGUGUUCCUGGUGUUCAUGUUUGCAGUGAGUGGCAUCUGUGUGGUGCUCAACCUGGCUGAGCUCAACCAUCUGGGCUGGCGCAAGAUCAAGGCCGCCAUCAGGGGCGUCCAGGCCCGCAGGAAAUCCAUCUGUGAGAUCAGGAAGAAGGACAUGGCCCAUUUGUCCCAGCCGCCCAACCUGGGACGCACUCAGUCCAGUGAAUCAGCGUACGUGUGAACAUGAAGAGACGGAAAGGAGGACGUGUGGGAAGAAUGCGCAAGUAAAAAGAAAUGUGUAAUUUUAAUUUUGAUGAUGUGGAGAUCAAAGAAGAUGACCUCUGUUCUGUGAUGAUGGAAUGAAUCGAAUGUAAGAAAACCAAAUAUCCAACUCUAUGAUUUUGUAAGUCAAGAGGCAAAACAAGAGGAACAUUCUAAAAACCUGGGCACUCUUCUACAAAUGAACAUGAUUUUGACCUUUUUUUAAUCUAAUUACCUUUCCCUGUGCCCCGUUUUUCUUUCCAUGGGAGGAAUUAGAGGACAGGAAUAGAGAUGAGAAGAAGAAAGAAGAGAGAGGAGAGCUGAUGGGAGUUUAAAUUGGUGUUCGAUUCAUCCAAUGGUGCUUUUCUUCUGUUAGCCUCAAUGAAGAGGGAUGAAGGAUACGGGGUGGGACACGGACAUCAAGCCGAUGAAAGCAUCCUUAAAAAAGCCAUGAGAGACUUCAGAGAAUUACAGCAAGUUAGAGAGUGAGGAAGUGAAGGAGCAAGGGAGGAGCGAGGGAAAAGGGGGCACUUCUUCACUCCGCCAAGAGCUGCCUCUGAUUAUUGUCAGCCUCACCUCUGCUGGAACACUGUCAUGAGUCCAAACCUCGAGAAAAAGAUGGACUAUGUUUGUGUUUUGUCUCCUGGCAAAGGAUGACAUGAACACAAACACGAGGAAGUACCAUAAACACGUCCCUCUCCCCUAUCUCUGGCUCUCUCUGGCUCUCUCUGGCUCUCUCUGGCUCUCUCUGCUCUACAGCUGGCAGCGAUGUGGACCCCCGGGGUUCUGGAUGACAGUGAAGACCUUCGCCACACUCCUGCUACGUAAACUAUGGAGACGAACUAACGAACAACGGCACAAACAUGUGAACGUCCGUCUCUUCUGAAGCACAAACCAAACGUCCCUCCAGCAUUCCAGUGUGUGGAGAAACAAAGGACAGAUGGACAGAUUUCCACACAUUUUAUAAAGUACAGUAUCUCACCACGACUCAAGACAGAUUUUGUUUUUGAGAAAGUGAUGGUGCCAUCCCUGCGUUACAUAGAUUAUGAUCAUAUUAUUUAUCCAUUGAUCCAAAUAGAGUAUAUCCAAAUAGAUUUAUUUGUCUUGCGGGUGGAAAGGUUGGGACUUGUUGUUUUUUCACAUGUAAAUGUCUGUGUGUUAGUUUAAUGGGUACUUUGUCAAUUUAUCAACACUGACUUCAUACCAUCAUUUUCUUGGACUCUGGCACUUGCUAGUACACUUUAUUUCACCAUGUGCAGCCUUUUCUGGACAGAAAGUAAAGCACGUAAACUCCUUAGAGGAAAACCACGACUUUCUGCUGCCUCCAUCAGUAAGUAAAAAUGUGCUGUGACUUUUGGGUUUGAAACCAUUUGCCCAGAUUUACCUCAGUGACACAACUUUACUAAACACUGCAGCUGUAGACCAGCGUUUUCUCUAUGGAAUUUUGUGAGCUCUUACAAACUUCACUUUCCAGUCAGAAAAGACUGUCAAAUAGUGUGAUAGAUGAACAGUUGAACAUAAUCUUAAGCAUAUGUACAUUGUCUGUCCCUGCCUGCAGCCAUGCUGGCACACACACAGUCAAUGUUGAUAAUGUAGUGAGGCAGACACAUCAGUUGCAUGGCUUCUGGCAAAUAAGGCCUGUGAGCCUUUAAAAAAAGGCAUGUUUACAUGAAGCAUUGUUUCUUGAUGAAGCUGUGUAAAUAAUGAGUAAUAACCUUCGAGGGUGUGUAUAUUUUUUAUUGUGGGGG